GACUUCACCUGAAAACAGAGACACGUGGCGACCGACGGAGGCUCUUCUCCUCUUGAGGGCUCCUGGUGGUCCCCAGGAUUCAUGUUAUCUCCUUAGGUACCCUGCAGCAGGUCUGAUUAUUGAUUAUUGAUCAGCAGAAAAUCAAACUAUUUCCUCGGCUUUCCUCUGGAUCGGUCGGUUUCAUUUCUUUCAUUCUGCUGAAUCGUUCAGAUGUAAAUUCAGCCUCCAGGAGGGGGCGGGCAGCAGGAGGAUUGUGUGCCCUCUGGACCCCAAACAUGACUGAAGACAAACUGCAGAAACACCUGAAGAAGUGUAACUCCAGAGAGAAACCCAAACCUGUUUAUUUUGUGGAGAACAUAAAUGCAGGAUCAGCUGAUGGAGAUGAUACGCUUCAUCAGGUGAGUCUGUCGGAGCGCAGUAGGUCGGAGAUGGAGUCUCUCCUGGACAAACUGAAGACGGCGGUUGAAGGUCUGCAGUGCGACCUGGAGGACAGAGUUCUGUCUCAUCUCGUUCUCCACGACGAACUCAACAACCCAAAGAAUGGAGACUCUGCCCACAAACACCUGAAGCAGCAGUCCUCCAUCUUAGGUCACCUGGAGGAGUUGGGGCUGCUGGGAAGGGGGCGGUGCUUCGUGGAGUUUGGAGCGGGUCGAGGAAAACUGUCUCACUGGAUCCACGAAGCGCUGAAGACCCGGGACGGACCGAAGACCUGCGACGGACCGAAGACCUGGGACGAACUGAAGACCUGCGAUGGACCGAAGACCUGCGACGAACUGAAGACCUGCGACAAACCGAAGACCGGCGACGACCUGCAGCUGCUGCUGGUGGAGCGCUGCAGCACUCGCUUUAAGGUCGAUGGCAAACAUCAGGAGGACGGCGUUCCAUUCGAGAGGCUGCAGGUCGACAUUCAGCAUCUGGAUCUGAGUAAAGUCCCUCUGCUGCGACAGAGGAGCCUCCCAUUGGUCGGAGUAGGGAAACACCUGUGUGGAGCAGCAACAGAUCUGGCUCUGCGCUGUCUGUUGGAAACACCAGGACUUGUAGAUGCGACCGAACCACCCCAGAAACGUCUCAAACCAUCCGAACCAGCUGAGCCGAGGCCAGGUGAUGAGCCAGGAACAGCACCAGCAGAUUCUGGUCCUGGUCAAGGUUCUGGUUCGGUGCUGGGCCUGGCAGUGGCGCUGUGCUGUCACCAUCGCUGUGAGUGGCGUCACUACGUUGGGCAGCAGUUCUUCCUGCAGCGAGGACUUGGAGCUGCCGAGUUCUCCGCUUUCUGUCGGAUGUCCAGCUGGGCUACGUGUGGACUCAGACCGACCAGUCAGGACCACACCCUGCAGGAUCCGACCAGUCAGAGAGGAGAUGAUGACGAACAUGAACCAGCAGAGGAGACGGACACCGAUAACAGGUUUGUUGCAGCAGCAGACCGGCAGCAGGUUGGGCGUCUCUGUAAGCUACUGAUCGAUUGCGGCAGACGUCACUACCUGAAGACGAAAGGAUUCAGCAGCAAAUUGAGCCGAUACGUCUCCACUGAGGUCACCCUGGAGAACGUUCUUCUGACCGCCGUUCCUUCAUCCUGCUGAUGUUCAGCUACAGUUCAAAGCAAAGAUUUUUUGUUGUCUGUCACAGCAGCUGAAUCAUUGUGUUUUGACGUCCCUUGGACUUUUCUGAUCCAAUAGACCAAAAAAUGUAUCUGUUGUAGGGACCUUCUGAUCAAUUUUUAUGCCCCUGAUGAAGCUGCUGAUAUAGAUUCCCAGUCUGAUGCUGUUUACCUCAGUAAUAAGUACUACAAGUACAUUAAAGUUAUUCAAAUCAGUUCAGUGUAUCUGCUGAAUAUCUCUGCAAUGCAUUAAGAACAAAUUGUAUUUCUGCCUCCAGUCUGUUCCUUACUGUUCUGUAGGUGGAACCUUGUAGUAAAGCUCCAAGAGAACACAGGGUAAAUGUAGUAUUAGAGGGUAGGAUGUACUGAGGCUCCAAAAGAUGUAGAAAACCUGCAUGCUCUCCAUGUCAGUAGAUGUAGAUCAGCUGUAGUACCUGGUUGUUCCACCAGGUGGAGCCUCUUCCUGUUUAAUACUGUAGCGACAAGAGGAGGCGUCACUCAGACUACAGUUCAUGUUAAAGCAGAGAGCAUUGUGGGAAUUUAGCUAGCAAGGGGCACCAUGACAAAGACUUCCGUGGAGGUUAAUGACCUACAACUAGAACUAAUGUAUUUAAGACAAACUGGGAUCAACCAGGACAGAGUUCCUGCAUCACAAUGACUUUUGACUGGUAAUGCUGCUGAUUAUUGAUUAUGGAGACAAUUGUAAGUUAGAAUCUCACCACAAAUUGUGCAACCUAUGGAUCAGACUGAGGUCUGAUAUCCAUCAUCCCUUAUUGUUAAAGUAAAACCUGCAGCUGAUUUUGAUACAGAAAUCAGAAAAGCAGAAUUGUGUUUCUAAAAAAAAUCUCUUUAUUGUUUUACUUAAAUGAAAAUCUAAAUCAGACUGAAUGUGUUCAAGUGUUUUGUAAAAUUUGUAUUAAAGCCUUUUCAGUUA